AUGGCGUCAACGAAGACGACUAACGAUGGAAAAGGGGCUUACGUCACUUUCCUAGCCGGAAACCUAGACUAUUGGAUGGGUGUGGUUGGUCUAGCUAAGGGACUCCGUAAGGUGAAAUCUGCUUAUCCUCUUGUCGUGGCGAUUCUUCCCGACGUGCCGGAGGAACACCGUCAAAUGACUCAAAUCCUUGUGGCUCAAGGAUGCAUUAUCCGUGAGAUCGAACCGGUUAUUCCGCCUGAAAACCAAUCCGGUUAUGCUAUGGCUUAUUACGUCAUCAAUUACUCGAAGCUUCGUAUUUGGGAGUUUGUGGAGUAUGAGAAGAUGAUAUAUCUAGAUGGAGACAUACAAGUGUUUGGUAACAUCGAUCAUCUUUUCGAUUCUCCUUCUGGCUACUUGUAUGCCUUCAAAACUCCUCAGUACAAGAUCGGUUACUGUCAACAGUCACCGGAAAAAGUGACGUGGCCUGUGGAGAGCCACGGUCCUCCGCCACCCAAGUACUUCAACGCCGGUAUGUUGGUCUUUGAACCAAAUCUCGUCACUUAUGAAGAUGUGCUUGAAGUGGUUAAAGUCACUACUCCAACUUCUUUCGCUGAACAGGAUUUUCUGAAUAUGUACUUUAAAGACAUUUACAAGCCAAUCCCUACGACCUACAACCUCGUAUUGGCUAUGCUUUGGCGUCAUCCUGAACAUGUUGACCUUGAUCAAAUCAAUGUUGUUCAUUAUUGUGCUAAACCUUGGAGAUUCACUGGAGAUGAAGAGCAUAUGGAUCGAGAAGAUAUCAAAAUGUUGAUUUAG